AUGAUAGCUUAAAAGAUAGAGGGACAUUUCUUGAGAACAGUCCAAGCAUAGAAUUAUUCACAAAAUAAUAUGAAAUUUAUUGAAUAAGUAUCAUCUCAACUUAUUUGCAUAUAGUCUGACACAUUUUGUUAAGUCAAUGAAGAGGCUUCUGAGUUAUGUUAAAUCAACAAAUAAACUAACAAUAGUAUGCUUAAGAAACAAGCUCAACAAAAUGGGACUUAAAUUUCAGGUCCCAAAGAGACCUAUCAAAGAGGACAUGAAGCUUAAAAUGAUUCAUAAACUGUUACACCAUUAGCCAUUCCAGAAGUUUAAGACCUUGAAGAAAUUCCAAGCCUUGAGGAUAAUCUCAUCCCAGUUUAAAAUACUAAAAAGUGUUGUCUUUCAAAUAAUUUCUUCAGUAAAUAGAGGGUGAUCAGAAGAAAACUCAUCCGCAAAAGAUUUAAGACUUCUAGAUAAUCAACUAUUGCGAUGGACAGUAAUAAUUCUUUGCCAACUGCUUUGGAUUUGCAAUUAGAAGGGCAAGGAGCAAAACAGAGUGGAACAAAUAAUAAAUAGUAGUAAGAUAAUCAAAAACAAAAUCAUGAAUCUAAAGGAGAAUCAAACGAUGUAGAAAUAAUGAAAUAUAUUCGAAUUGAAGAUUUUAAUUAACCAAAAAAUAGAAAUGUUUAUUAUACUGAUAAAUUAAUUAACUUAAUUAAAGGAGAGUAAGUCGAUACAUUUAUGGCAUAAAUGUACAUUAAUCAUUUUAUUCAAACCUAUGAAAUUCUCUAAAAAUCAAAAAUGUUAAAAUAAUCUGAAACUUAUUAAAUUUUACCUAAAAUCAAACCACAAACAACUCGCUAAAAAACUUUGGUUAUAGAUCUGGAUGAAACCUUAGUACAUUGCAAUGAAUCAUGUCUAAUGCCCAAAGAUCUAGAGAUAAAUAUUAAUUUAAACAAUGGAUUUAUUGUGAAAGUAAUUGUUCGACCCUACACCCAGCAAUUUCUAUAAAAUAUGUCCAAACACUUUGAAAUCAUGAUCUACACAGCUUCAAAUGAAGACUAUGCAAAUUAGAUAAUAGAUUAUUUGGAUCCAACCAAACAACUAGUGAAGUAUCGUCUCUAUAGAAAUGAUUGCAUAAAUCUUUCAAAAGGAUGCCAUGUCAAAGACUUAAGAUCCUUAAAUAGAAAUUUAGAAGAUAUAAUUUUGAUUGAUAACUCUGCUUAUUCAUUUGCUUAUUAAUUGAGCAAUGGAAUACCAAUCAUUCCAUAUCUAGAUAACAAAAAAGACAAUGAAUUAAUAGAAUUGGAAAGCUAUUUGAUGGAUUUACUAAAGGUUGAUGACAUAAGAAUAGAGAAUGAAAGGAGUUUCCAUUUUAAACAGAUGUAAAGUAGUAGCACAAUAUAACAAGCAGUUAAUCACUUGAUUUGUAAUAGAAGGUGA